AUGGGCCAUUACACAAACCUCCCAAUUUUAAAACCGAACAGAUUAUUAAACAUGCCAAUUUUUGCUCAGAAUAAGCACAAAAAAUCAAUAUCAUUAAACCACAGUCUUAUAAGCUCAGACAAAAGCAAGGCUCUCGAUAUAAAUAAAUCAUAUACAUUAAUCACAAAAGAUCAAAUAAUUGACUGCAUGAAGAGCUCCCAAUCUUUCAAAACUAUGUUUGUAAAAGAUAAUAACAAAGAUAAGCAUAAAACUAUUGAAAAGACUAUGAAUGCUUUAGCAGCAAUUCAAAGAAAAGUAUAUAGAAUUCACAGUCUAAAACAAACUUCAAACUGUAGUUUUAAUUCCGUGAUCCCUGCUCCUAAAACUUAUGGAAAGAAAAAGCUUAAAAGAUGCACCUCAUAUGCACCUCGUAUAUAAUAUUUAUAAUUGAAUAUUCUUUUACCAUUUUCCAGAAAACUGGGUUUUAGCCCUUGAGGAAAUCUUAACAUAUUAAAUUGUAUCAUAUAAAAAUAUGAUCUAAAACAUCAGAAAAGCCUAAUGAUGUCUUUAAGUCAAGCUUAUCCGCUUGAAUGAUAGAAGAAACAAAACGAGAUUUGUUAACGCCGUCUCCAAGAAUUAAUAUUAAAUAA